UUAGCAGAAAACAAGGAAAAACUGCCUAUAGCAAUAAACCCACCAGUUUAUGACAAAGACAAAGUUUUCAAGGUUUUCACAGAUAUUCAGCAAGUCCUCAACAACUUGACGCAUCCCCGUUUUGUAUUCACAGACAACGAGGGAGAAGCAGACAUCCUCUACAACUUCUCACACUUCAAAGAUUAUAGGAAGCUAAGUGAGGAAAGGCCUGAGGUAAUGCUGAAUCAGUUCCCAUGUGAGAACCUCCUGACUGUCAAAGACUGCCUGGCAUCUAUCUCUAGACGAGCUGGAGGACCGGAUGGGCCAAGAUGGUUGCCUCGUACUUUUAACCUCCAAACAGAGUUGCCUCAGUUCAUCAGCUACUUUCAGCAACGCAACAGAAGAGGAGAGGACAAUCACUGGAUAUGCAAGCCGUGGAAUUUGGCCAGAAGCCUGGAUACCCACAUCACCAACAGCCUUAACAAUAUCAUCAGGCAUAGGGAAAGCAGCCCAAAGGUAGUGUGCAAAUAUAUUGAGAAUCCAGUCUUGUUUCACCGAGAAGAUGUGGGGAUGGUUAAAUUUGACAUCCGUUAUGUUGUAUUGCUGCGGUCCAUAAAACCACUCAAGCUGUAUACCUAUGAUGUAUUCUGGCUGCGCUUUUCAAAUCGGGCAUUUUCACUUGAUGACUUGGAUGACUAUGAGAAGCAUUUCACAGUCAUGAAUUAUGCUCCCGGUGUAACAUUAAAACAGGUACACUGUGAAGAAUUUAUUCCUUUGUUUGAAAAACAAUAUCCUGAAUAUCCUUGGACAAUGGUACAAGCAAGUAUUUUUAAGGCAUUUGCUGAAUUGUUCCAAGUUGCUUCAGCUAAACCUGCGCCUCUUGGCAUCUGUGAUUAUCCGUCAUCUAGAGCAAUAUAUGCCAUUGACUUGAUGCUUAAAUGGGACACCAGCAGAGAUGGGAAAAGAAUUAUGCAGCCUCAGAUCUUGGAGGUGAACUUUAAUCCUGACUGUGAUAGAGCCUGCAAAUACCACCCUACCUUUUUUAAUGAUGUCUUCAGCACCCUGUUUCUGGAUGAAACAGACAGCUGUCAUGUGACGUGCAUUGUCUAGCCACAGGAGGCUUGAUUCUAUUAAUUUCCUUCCCAGAUAUGCUUAACAGCAAGAUUUAUAUUUCAGUUCUAUGAGCUGCAGAUGCAACUAUUUUCCUAUACUGGUAACCCAGGAAAAAAAAAACCAACAACCAGAUCAGAAGAAUAUGCAUAUACCAUACACUGUAUUGGUAAUCAUUUUGUCUGCAUUUUCCUUGUCUUGCUUAGUUCUAUAAAUCAUUAGUUUGUGUUGACCAAAUGUCUUGUUUAUGGAAUAUGGGAGACCUCAAAAUAGGACAGUAACUGGAGCAAUUGACUUGUUUCUCAGGUAGCCUGAUUGCUUGCUUGCUGGGAGACAUUGCGUAAGUUCCCCAUGUCAACAUUAAAACUAUAAUUUACU